UAGAGGACAGAAUGAAGCACUCAGCUGCCUGUUGGCAUGCCCUGUUGAUUCUGACUGCUUUAGCCUGGCAGCAUGUUCCUGCUCAGGAUGCUGAAGGGUUUUUUCUUUCUGUUAGUGAAAACCCAGAGAGCAAUGAAGAACAAUACAAUCUACAGGCCAGUCAGGAAGCUGUGGCUAAAGAAGGGAGGAGUCUUGAUAUAGAUGAAUUCAAAGAUGUUGUACCGUCCACCAUCUAUAAAAUCAGCAAGCCUGUCAUGAUAUCACUGAGACCCCCAAAGCCCAGAGACAUCUCCACAAAAGCAAAUUUGCCCCUGAGGUUCGGCAGAGCCAUGGAGGAGACGAUAGAGAGAACCCAGAAGGCAGCUCUCAAUCUGUCCCUUCGCAAUGGCAGGUCACAGCCUCUCAGCACCUUUCUCCAGCCACAGUCAAACUUUCCCCAGAGAUUCGGAAGAACUCAGCCUUCUGCCACCCUGCCACAGAGGUUCGGCAGAUCUCAAUCUGGCAAGAAACCAUCUCACUACAUAGCUAUAUUCCCCCUCAGGUUUGGCAAGUCACUGCUGGCAAGCAGAGAACUGCAGGAUCAGAUUAAUGGUUAUCAAUCUGUGGAAGAGACCAAAGAACCAGAACAACGCGUUAAAUGAGAAGAUUGGCUAUGAAACGCAAAUUAAGAAGCCAUGAAGUUUAUUAUAUAGCCUAUAGAAUCCAGAAUUUUAACUCAGUUGAA